AUGUCUGGGCAAACACCUGUUUUUGUGAUGAAUACUGCGCCUGAACGGCAGUCAGGACGAAAAGCCCAGAUCUCAAAUAUCACUGCUGCCAAGACUGUUGCAGAUGUUAUCCGGACGUGUCUUGGCCCAAAAGCUAUGCUUAAAAUGAUCUUGGAUCCUAUGGGAGGCAUAUUACUGACAAAUGAUGGCAAUGCAAUUCUUCGUGAAAUUGAUGUCGCUCAUCCAGCUGCAAAAAAUAUGAUUGAGCUGAGUCGUACCCAGGAUGAAGAAUGUGGAGACGGAACGACGAGUGUCAUCAUCCUUGCCGGGGAAAUUCUUGCACAAUCCCUUGGGCAACUAGAACGCGACAUCCAUCCAGUUGUCAUCAUCUCGGCAUACAAUAAGGCCCUCAAAGAGGCGCUCGAAAUCAUCAAGCGAAUAUCGGUCCCCAUCGACACGUCCAAUGAUGAAGAAAUGCUAGCACUCAUCAAAACAUCCAUAGGCACUAAGUUCGUCAUGCGCUGGUCUGAUCUUAUGUGCAAACUAGCCCUGCAGGCCGUACGGACGGUUGCUCAGGAGGAAAAUGGCUUGAAGACAGUGGACAUCAAGCGUUAUGCACGAGUGGAGAAGGUCCCUGGCGGCGAGAUAGAGCAGAGCAAAGUGUUGAGUGGUGUUAUGCUGAACAAGGACAUUACGCAUCCCAAUAUGCGAAGACGUAUCGUCAAUCCUCGAAUUAUACUUCUCGAUUGUCCGCUGGAGUACAAGAAAGGCGAGAGUCAAACCAACAUGGAGUUUUCUAAAGUCGAGGAUUGGGAGAAGGCGCAGGCUAUUGAAGAAGAGCAGAUACGGCUUCUGUGCGACAAAAUUCUGGAAUUUAAGCCGGAUCUGGUGAUCACAGAAAAGGGCGUCUCAGACAUCGCCCAGCACUUCUUUACGAAGCAUAACGUCUCUGCGAUUCGCAGGGUAAGAAAAUCAGACAAUAAUCGUAUUGCUCUCGCUGUUGGUGCAACGAUCGUCAACCGAGCAGAGGAUCUACGGGAGUCCGAUGUCGGCACUCGCUGUGGUCUUUUCAACAUCGAGAAGAUUGGUGAUGAAUACUUCACUUUUUUGACGGAGUGUAACAAUCCUAAAGCUUGCACGAUACUUCUUCGUGGUCCAUCAAAGGAUAUUCUCAACGAGAUCGACCGGAACCUCGCUGACGCCAUGUCAGUUGCGCGGAACGUCGUGUUCAACCCUCUUCUCGCUCCAGGUGGUGGUGCAACGGAGAUGGCGAUCAGCGUUGGUUUGCAUGCUAAGGCAAGAAGCGUCGUGGGUGUGGAGGGGUGGCCGUUCAGGGCUGUGGCUGAUGCUAUGGAAGUUAUUCCUCGGACAUUGGUUCAGAACAGUGGAGGAAACGCCAUCCGAGUCUUGACUGAACUGAGGGCUAAGCAUGCGGGUGGUGAAAACUUCUGGGGCGUCAACGGUGAUACAGGCAAGUUGGUUGAUAUGAAGGUCUACGGGUUGUAUGAGUCAGCAAGCGUCAAGAUUCAGACUUUGAAGACAGCAAUUGAGGCUGCUCGUAUGCUGCUCCGUGUAGAUGAUGUGGUGCAAGCUGUGCGGAAAGAUAGAGAACAAGGACAAGGUGCACCACCUGAAGAGAUGAUGGAGGGUUAA